UGACGCUGGCCUCAGCAUUGAUUCAGUUUCUCGCUGAAAUCGCAACUGUGCGGAGGAAAAUCGAGAUUUCUCGAGUGGUUAUAAAUAAGCGAAAAAUCUUGUUGACUAAGCGAUUGCCAUCAAAUGAAGAAUGAGUUGAUUAGUUGCUUCCAGUCGCUCACGUGCACACAAUCGCAAUGAUCUCAAUUUGUUUGCUGGCGACGCUCUUAGCUGCGUGUCUCUUCUUCAAGCCCUGCUUCGACUACUUCAGGACCGUGGCGAAAUUGUGGCACAUGCCAGUGGUGAACGCCAUCCCUUUCCUCGGAUGCUCAGUCCGGUUCUUCAGGAAGAAGGAUGAAGAUCUCUUCUCAGAGUUGGUUAACAUUGUCGAGAGUGUGGAGACUCCGUCCAAUGCUGCUUUCCUGGGGCCACUGUGCCAUGUCUUUAUCACGCAUCACGAAGACGUGAAGACUCUGCUCACGUCGCCCGACUCCCUGGACAAGACCUAUCACUACCGGUAUUUGUUCAACGAGACGAAUCUCCUCGUGGUGCCAGGUCACGUGUGGAGAGUGCAUCGGAAGCUGCUGAAUCCCCACUUCACGUCACCAGUCGUGCACACAUUCAUUCCCCUGUUCAACGCCAAGACAGAUAUUCUGGCGAAGAAGAUGCUCAAAACCAUCGCGGAUGGCGAAGUUGACAUUCGCGACACUGUGCAUAAUUGUUUCCUGGACAUGAUCUGUGCCACGACUUUCGGGGUGGAUCUCAAUCUUCAGGAGGGCAAUCAUCAGGAAUUCUCCGAUGCAAUCGACAAUUAUGCAAAGAUGGUCGCAAGGCGUUUCUUCAACGUUUACCUCCAAGUCGACUGGAUUUUUAGCUUGACGGCCGAUGGCAAGCUGUACCACAAGUCGCUGAACAUUCUCCACGAGAUGACGAAGAAAGUGGUGGAGGAACACAUCAAGACGCGAGAAGCGAAGGCUGAAUCCUCGUCGGCAAAUCUCAUGCAUCACGUGGUGAAUCUGUUGGAAGAGGGUCAGUUCACAGAGGGAAAUCUCUAUGACACUGUGGAGAUCAUGAUUCUUGCGGGCUUUGAAACUGCAGCUGUGACCAUGCUGAAUGUCCUCCUCAUACUGGCCAUGCAUCCGGACGUCCAAGAGCGCUGCUUCGAGGAGAUUCUAAGGGUUUGUGGCUCAGAUGGCGACGUGACUAGCGAAGAAGUCACGCAGUUGCAGUAUGUGGAGAUGGUGAUCAAGGAAACCAUGAGACUCUUUCCUGUCGCUCCACUGAUUGGCCGAAAGCCAACGAAGGACAUUCAGCUGAGGAAUUGCGUCCUUCCAAAGGGCGUUCACACCAUCAUUCUCACUUACAUUCUUCACCGUGAUCCCAAAGUCUGGGGCCAGGAUUCGAAUGAAUUCAAGCCUGAUCGCUUUCAGCCCGAGAACUUCUCCAAGAUUCCCUAUUACAGCUACGUUCCGUUCAGCGCGGGCUCAAGAAAUUGUAUAGGACCGAAAUAUGCGAUGCUGGUGAUGAAGAUUGUCCUGGUGAAGGUUCUCAGGAGAUUCGCUUUCUUCACUGCUCGUCCGCUGAAGAUGUGCGAGCUCAAGUGCGCAAUGUACACGACGAUUAAGAUAAUGCAGAUCAAAGAACUUCGCGCGAAAGAGAGACAAUUGGGCGGAUAUUGGAAGUUACCGAGAAGGGAAUUGAAGAUGGGAUUCCUCUUGCCUGUCCUCCUCAGCGCGAGUAUUUUACUGAUCCUGGCGUCCAUCAAGGAGAUCCGAAAAUCUCUGCGUGCGUGGUGGUUGUUGCGGAAGUUUCCGUACGUUAGAGGACUUCCGAUCUUGGGAAGUGCAUUGGCAUUCAUUGGACGUGACCAGGAAGAUUAUCUGGAAGUCCUGAUGGAGAUCGUAAAGGACAUCGAAGGCCCGACGAGAGUUUAUCUUGGGCCACAAGUGUACAUGGUGAUUUCAACGCCUGAAGACGUGAAAACCCUCACAAUGACCACAGGAUGUCUCAACAAAUUGGACGUGUACAGAUUCUUUCACUGUCCAACAGGAUUGGCCACAGCUCCAGGUCCAAUCUGGAAAACUCACCGCAGACUUCUAACACCGUCAUUCAACACUCAAACGGUUCAGACAUUCCUGCCGAUAUUCAAUGACAAGGCCAAGAUAAUGCUCUCAAAUCUCCACAAAGUCACGGAAAGUGGCGAACGCGACUUCCUGAAGUACAUUUACUACUGCACACUGGAGAUGAUUUGCGAAACGACGCUCGGAACGAACAUUGAUGUGCAGAACGGAAAGAAUCUGGAUUACUUCGAGGCUGUGGAAAUGGCAGCGAAGAUUGUUGGCAAGAGAUUCUUUCAAGUCUGGCUCUAUCUUGAUUCGGUGUACAAGAGAACAAAGCAAUAUGCUGAGGAGAUGCGACACUUCAAUGUGGCCUACAGACUCUCGAGCAGUGUCAUUGAGGAGAAGAAGCAGGAAUAUCUCACAGAGAUGUCGAAUGAGAGUGAAACGAAGCCGAACAUUCUCAUCAAUCGCCUGAUUAAGCUGAUGAUGGACAAGGAAUUGGGGCUGGACGAAGUUAAGGACGAGGUGGACACCAUGAUUGCUGCUGGACACGACACGUCUGCGCUCACGAUCUCCUUCGCGCUCCUCAUGUUGGCCAUCCAUCAGGACGUGCAGGAUAAAGUGUUGGAAGAGAUGUUGAGCAUCAAUCCCAGUCCAGACGCUCAGAUGACCUUUGAAGAUGCUACAAAACUCACCUACACAGAGAUGGUGAUAAAGGAAACAAUGCGACUCUUCCCCAUUCUUCCCAUCAGCGGACGAAUUUGCACAGAAGACACCAAAUUCUCAAAUGGAACAAUUCCCGCGGGGACGAACUUGCUCCUGUUCGGCUUCCGGAUGCACCGAUCCAAGAGCGUUUGGGGCCCCAGAGCCAACGACUUCUAUCCAGAUCACUUCCUGCCCGAGAAUGUUGCCAAGCGGCACCCGUACAGCUACGUUCCGUUCGGCGGCGGCCUGCGUAAUUGCAUUGGCAACAAGUAUGCCAUGCUCUCGAUGAAGACCAUCCUGUCAGCCUUCCUCAAGAACUUUCGUGUCACUGUGGACGGCGUGACGAUGGCCGACGUGAAGCCCAGCAUGCUCACGACAAUGCAAGUGCGGCAGACAGAAGCGAUAAGGAUCUCGAAGAGGAAAUUGGUGUGA